UAGACAUGAAUAAAAAAAAUGUUUCUAUGGAAUCAUCAAAGGAUUAUUUUGCACUGGAAAUCUGCUUUACUUAACUUUAUUUUUCAAAAUAUAUAUUAAGUUUUCGCCGGCAUCAAUUAACUACCAAAUUUUGCUUAAACAAAAAAUGGAACUUCAAGAUACGUAUUACAACAAAUCUGAAUACGUCGAAACAGCCUCAGGUAACAAAGUCAGUCGUCAGACCGUAUUAUGUGGUUCUCAAAAUAUAGUUCUACAUGGAAAAGUUAUUGUACAAAGUGAUGCUAUUAUAAGAGGAGAUCUAGCAAAUGUAAAAACAGGAAGAUUUUGCAUAAUAAGCAAAGGUUCGGUUCUAAGGCCACCAUUUAAGAAGUUCAGUAAAGGUGUAGCCUUUUUCCCUCUACAAAUGGGUGAUCAUGUAUUUGUUGGUGAAAAUACUGUUGUGAAUGCAGCGGUAGUUGGUUCAUAUGUAUAUAUUGGAAAAAAUGUAGUCAUUGGGCGAAGAUGUGUACUCAAAGAUUGUUGUAUGAUUGAAGAUAACUCAGUGUUACCAGCUGAAACAGUGGUCCCUUCUUUUGCGAGAUAUUCUGGCAGUCCAGCAAGAUUAAUGACAACAUUGCCAGAAGCUACUCCCGAUUUAAUGACUGAGUUUACCAAAAGCUAUUAUCAGCACUUUUUACCUACAACCGCAGUGAAUUAAACCACUAGAUAUUAUAUUCUAUUUAUACAAGUAUUUAUUUAAGUAAGUUUUUGCUAAGAUAUUUAAUUUGCUUUAUGAUGCAUUAUAGUUAUCAAUAAAUUUAUUAACCAUGA